AUGGACUAUGGAUACACAGACAGCACCUUUCAAGGCGGUGCGUUGCAGGAGGACGAAUUGCAACCGUAUCCGCCGACGUUGCGCGACCACCAGCAGCGCCAGCAACCCUUUCCUUCAUAUGAGCCCGAGAUUGUAUACAACCUCGGGCAGCAGGGCCCAGCGCAACCCCCGUACGAGGUCGUGCCACAAUAUUCGUCACGGCACUCUGCAUCACUGGACUCCCUCGCCGGCCAAUUUCCCGUUCCACAGUAUUUCGUUCCCAAUGAACCGUCAGGCGCUGGGCUCCCAUCAUCUUAUCUGCCACCGGGACUUUCUCUGUCCGCAUAUAAUCAGCCGGGGCCCAUUGGACGCUCGAACGCAACGCAACCCUUUCCCGCAACCAUGGCGGACAUGACCCCCGUGGGGGCGGCGGGACAGCAGCAGCAGGCGCUAUCACAGUCUCAGCCGCAGGUGUUGUCAGAACUUCCGGCGUCAACAGAGCCAUAUCGGCAAUUGCAGCGAGCAUUACGGGGGACUAUCGAUCAUACUCGCGCCGGUCGAUUGGUAGAGGCUAGUCGAUCAUUGCUAGAAAUCUCCGAGUGGCUUGUGGCUAGUGCGCGGGAGCUUGGUAUUCUCCGCGAUGACCAAAUGCCCCACUCCGAUCGAUUGAAACUAUGGAAUGAUUUCAAUAUCUGCUGGCUAGCGUUGUGCCAGAAGCAGAAGGACAUGACGCAGGACUUGCUUCAGACAGGCCGUCAGCCGUCCCGAACUAGUCUUCUUAGUAUCGAGGCUAUGGAUACUCUGGGCAAACAAUUGAUACAGCUUUGUGAUCAGAUGGAGCAACAUGGCCUGGUGGAUUACCAAAUAGGCAUUUGGGAGGAAGAAAUCUUGUCCGGUAGGUCAGCCCCCAAGUCGAGUCACCUCCAAGAUGAAAAUAAUAACCUGGAAACCCAACUAGCCUUGGGCCAAUGUUUGGACCUCAUCGAAAGCCGACCUGAACUUACUCGUACUCGUCCCGCCGCAGCCCACACGUGA